GUGAGCAAGAGAUCGGCGUAGAUUGGCUACGACCGGAGGAUGCCCCGAUGAGCUCACACAGAUGCUUGUGCUUCUACCCUCUGCUGUAGCGUUCACUGCUGCCUCUGCAGUCGCAGCGAUGCAGGAGGAGAGGAAGAGGAGGAGGGUGCUCAGGCAAGGAUGGUGGAGUGAGGCAGGGCGGGGUUGCUGAGGAACAGAGGCAGAGAGAGGAAGCUGCUUAACAGACGAGCGAGGAGCACAAGAGGGAGGAGGAGGAAGAGGAAGAGAGUGAGCUAGCAGCAGUGGAGGUGAAGGGGGGCCGCCGCUUCCAGACUGGAUAGGCCCAGCAAUGCCUUGAUGGAGCAUGGGCCAGGUUUUAGGAUUCUCCCACUGCCAGGAAUAUGGCUCUGUGGCAUCCACUCCUGACUCAACACCCCCAUGCACUGAUGGCGGAAAUGAGGAGUCGGAGAUGUACGAGCUCCAAACAGCCAGAGAAUGGUCUGAUGAUGAGGAGCUGGGAGAGGCAGACGACGAUGAAGGACUGGCUUCCUCUCCGUCAAUCUGGGGCACCCCUCGCCAGAACUCCUACGAGCUGACUUUCUCUUACAUCGCCAUUGCCGAGCCUGAGGCAGUUGGAGUCUCCCGGCAUCACCGGGAACGGCGGAGGGGGUUAGGGGGUCGGGGAAGCCGCACGUCUCUGAUGCGCGCAGACACUCUGGAAACCCUGCUGGACUCCCCAGAUGUAGACUGGGACCCACAAGGCUUUAUCGGCCAAGAUGAUGACAUUGAGCGGAGAGAGUCAGAGAGGCUUGAAGCGAGGACGGAUGAAAACCAGCAGACUGAGACUCUUCCAGUUCAGCCCCAGGACCUGGAGCCAGAAAGUCAAGAGACAGACUCAGAACUUCAAAGAGCAGACUUCAUGAGCCAGGAUGCCCAGCCGGCCACUUACUCAUCACAACAACAACCCCCUUCACAGAUAACCAAGGAUGAGGAAAAGCAGAAAGCAGCCAUCGCCUCUCCAGCCCUCGAACCUGAGCCCCUCAUCACCAAGGAGGCCAUUUUGGUCGAGCUUCUCACUUCUGUCCAACCCAAAGACCCAGCUGGCUCAGCGCCAGCUGACCCGGGCUUCAACUCUCAGGAACAGCUGGUCAGCCAUCACUGGUUUUCAGCGGUUAGCCUUAAAGAUGAGCUGGCAGUUUUCAGCCACAUUGCAGUGAUGGACCUGAUCUACUGGAAGGAUAUGGAGCGAAGCGGCAUGGUGCUCACGGGGUUAGUGGUGGGCUUGCUGUCCCUGUUCCAGCUCAGCAUCAUCACUGUGGUCUCCACUGUCUCCCUGGCUGUCAUGUGCUUCACCAUAUCUGUGCGCACCUAUUACCAGUUCCUCUACGUCCUCAGCUGGGGAGAUGGAGAGCAUCCUUUCAAGUCAUACCUGGAUCUGGAUAUCAGUUUCAGUGGGGAGCAGGCUGACCUCUACAUGCAGAAAGUCAUAGUGUCGACUCUGUCUGCUGUUGACGCCCUGAAGAAACUCUUUUUUGUUGGAAACCUUUUCGAUUCCCUGAAGUUCCUGUUUCUGUUGUACCUGGUGACCUACCUGGGGGACCUGUGCAACGGCCUGACCCUGCUGAUCAUCAGUGUGAUUGCUGUUUUCUCUCUGCCACUUUUCUAUAAGAGGCGUCAGGAGGAGGUGGACAGCUUUGUUGCAAAAAUCCAGGCUAAGUUAGAUAGCAUCAAGGACACUUUACAAAGACUCGCCCAGGGUGGGGGCCCACCUCCUGAUCCAACUCCCGGUGGUGCCAAACCUAAACUCCAGUAAACAUCGUGAAGACAAAAGUUAGCAGAAGUCAGCAGGUCCAGGCUGUCCCUCUGAAGUCUUACUCGGCCACGUGUUCUCAGAGCUCCAAAGGAUGAGUCUCCACAAAAUGGAAUGGAGGCGUAACUCUAACUGUAUCCAAGUAUCUGAAUUGUAUGAAUCCUCAGUAAUAUUCUUGCUGUUAUCAUUGGAAACAUUGUUUUUAAUGCGUAUAAAAAGGAAGACUCAGGAAGUGUCUCGGAUGGAGCUGUAUUCCAAAUGAGGUCUCAAGUGGCAGCAACACACCUUGAAAAACAGGAGGGGGUCGCAGUGGUUUUGUCCGAGAUGACAAAAUACGUCGUUCCUAACCAUGGCAGCAUAAAACUGGCAAUUAAGGAUGCAUGUUUGUGCACAUGUUUGAAUGCAUAUACAUCGUCAAGACUUCUUUUUUAUGUGCGAGGUAGUGAGUGAACUAAAAUGAACUUUUUCCCACAAUUAAAAUCACUUUUUUCUUCAUUUCUUCCUUUUUUUUUUUCUGCUUUGCUUUCAUUCUUGCUCUUGUUUUCCUGUUAGAUGUUGAACAUUGAGAAGGUAACUGAGCGGUGCAGAGGGUGAAUUCACUCAAAGGAAACUUGUUAACUACAGCAGGUGCCUUUUUUAACUGCAGGUUGAAGACCCAGUUUUUUUGUUUACAGCAGUCUUUAAAACAACUUCAUGAAACCUUCAUGUCUAUCUGAUCAACAGAAGACGUCCGGUUUAGGGAUAAAACCUAACCUGGAGAAAAAAAAAACCUCCAUGUCCAUAAAUGUUAGGGAUGAUGAGACAUUUCAGGAUACUGCAAACUUUUAUUCAUUUAUGAACAUUCUGCUUUUCUUUUUUCGCACACGUAGUGCUUUAAAGUCUUGCACCAGGAUUUUGCUCCUAAGCCUUACUUUGUGCAACUCCUGCACCUUGCAGAGAAGCUCUACCAGACCCAUGAAACAACCAAACAGGAUGGCAUGUUAGCCUCGGAUAUGAGUGACGGUUCUGUGAGUUCACAUGUAUUUCACUCUAUAGGGUUUAGCUAAACUCCAAAUUCUUUAAUGAAACAUCAGUAGAGAUACUUAACAUUUCCUGUUUGGGUCUAUCAGUGAGUGUCUUUACAAAAAUGUUUCUAGACAAACCAAAUGUUUUGAUAUUUUUCCGUCAGGACCUUGCCCAACCAUGUCUCAGUAGAAGUUUAAAUGCUUUAAAAUGUCAGCUAAAGCUUUUAAACCUGUAUCUUGUUAAUAAAUGUAAAAAAAAAGAAAAAGCAGAAAUUAACAUGUAUGUUUUGAGGUUUUUAAAUUGUGGUCAUUUUGAAUUUGCCGGCACAACAGUGACCCGUUUGUGCAUCAUGUUUGGCAAAGUCUUCUUAAAAUGAUCAAACACCUCCAUGAAACACUUAUCUAAAUAGCAGCAUAUGUUUCUAAAACACCAUCAUGUUGCAUUUAAUGAAGACCUGGACCUUCAAUAUAAAGGAUGUUUAAAAUUCAUCACCAGAAGAAAGGGUGUUGUCUUGGGUUUUCAGUUUCUAAAUUUGCAUUCAUUUGCUUUAGUUCCUGCUGGUUUGCAUAUCUUUGCAUUCCAUUGUCAACGACACAAUUUCAAUUCUUAGAAACAGGGUUCAAAAUCCAAACACUCAAGUGACUUAUGGUUACGUAAAAUCAGCUCUAAUCUUCAUGGAAAUGUGUUACACUGAUUAUUGUUAUUUUACAAAACAGACUUUUUUCUGUGCAAAGCAAAUAAAAUCAAUGGGAAAAUCAAA